AUGAAAAAAUUAUUUUUGUCAUUCGCGCUUCUCAAAGUGUUGACAACUUUGGUUCCAGUAAAAGCUUUACAUCGACUCGAUACAGGAUACAGACUCCCGCAGAACUAUGUGCCAGAAAAACAAAACUUGAAGUUCAAAUAUUUAGCUGAAGAUAGCAAAGUAGUCGCUGAGACUUCUCUAGAAGUAACAAAUGUUGAUGAAAAUAACUGGAAAACACUAACUCUACACGCCUACCAGCUGAACAUCAGCAGUGUUCAAGUCAUGACACAAGAGGGUGACGAAAUUCCCACCAGCUAUAGACUUGUUGACUGGUUCGAAAUUUUGGAAAUAGAAUUUCGAACUGAUAUUCGCCCUGGAAGUUCUAAGCUAACAGUUAUAAUCGAUUAUGAACUUGUUAUCAAGAAGGAUGGCAAAACUUGGGGCAUAUAUUCGCCAUUUUAUUCGCGUUAUGCCUCUGCAAAAGAAUUGGUGACGUUUUUUGAGCCAGCUUUUGCGAGAACUGUUUUCCCGACUUUUGACGAGCCACUUUUUCGUUUCAGAUUUAGCUUCAGCAUAGAAAUCCAUCAAGAUCCGCUCAGGGAUUUAGGACUGGUUUUGUUCAACUCUGAUUUGCAAAAUAGUUACACUUCUGAAGAGUUUAGGUACUUCCAAUUCAAAGAAACGGUUCCUAUGCCCGCUUAUUUAGUAGAAAUAGCUGUUCUAAACCCAACACAUUACGUUACAGUCAUGGAAUCAUCCUAUUUCCAGUUUCCUAUUAGAGUUUUUUCAGAUGACAAGUAUUAUGAUAGGUGGCUCAAAAGUCCAGAGAGUCAAGAAAAACUAGACCAAAUAAUUAAAUUCACUCUGACUUAUUGCGAAAGUCGUUUCGAGGUCCCCUGGAAAAUGUCAGAGAAAAUCGACUUCCUGAUAACUGAGAUGCAAACCAUUAUAGGAGGCAUGGAACACCCGGGAUUGAUUUUGAUUAGCGCUGCACUAGGGCCGGAUUUUCCCUCUGAGCCUGCAGAUUAUGCCACUCUUUUCACUGUUAUAAUUCAUGAAAUCAUUCAUCAAUGGACAGGUGGUCUACUGACUAAUGACUGGUGGUCAAACUUUUGGUUGAACGAAGGUUUCACCUCAUUUUUGCAGUCAGAAAUCACUCGUGAAUUGAUAAAGUUUAGCCGACUUCCUUUAGAGUCGAACAAAGUGGACUUGACCCACAAUUUGCAGCCAUUUUCAGUCGUCGAAAACGUUGACUUGGCGCUCGCCAAAGACACUAUGAGUUUUUGGGGGUUCAAUAAAGAGUUCUACAUGAAUUCAAUGCGAGCAGUGGCCCUGCUUGACGCAGCAAUGGGCAACAAUUUGAUGGUGUGCCUCGGGGUAAUUUUCCAAAACUAUCCUUUCCGUUCUUUCAAUUCGAAGUUCGUCCUUGACGAACUGUCGCAAUGUCCGUACUCUACUGUAAACGCAACUGAUUUCAUGCGGUUCUGGCUAUUUGACGAGGAAAUUCCAGUCCUGAAAAUAAGCAUGCAAGACGACAAAACUAGUGUAGUCAGCUUUUCUUACGACUUCAUUUGUGUUAAAGACGACUUUGCAAACAGCACUUGUUUCAACAGCAAACCGAAUUUCAAACCUCGUUUUGCUCUUACGUUCCGUGAUGAAAAAAAUGCUCUUUUGGAAGAUGCAAUAUUAGUGACAGAAAACAACACGAACGUCCAACUUAGUUUUAACGUCUCCGGUACGCUGUUCUUCACAAAUACUUUCAACCAGGGAAACUUUCUUGUGCAGUAUCCCGAACGCAAUUACCUUCUUUUCUUCGAGUAUUUGGGUCAAUUAGCAACUGAUGGUGUGAUACUGCCUCCUUUUUAUCGAGCAUUUGUGACCGACAUGUUUGAACUAUCAAUAAGAAAACGAAUUGACCUCUACUGGACUUUAGCUAUUCUGCUCAAUAGGAAAAAUCUGAUUCAAGUUGGAAUUUUAAAAAUGAAUGGUCCGGUGGACCAAUUCGCAGAUUGUCUCGACGCGGAGUUGUUUGUAACACAAGUGGAUAAAGACAGCAAAAUGUGGCUCUUUGUGUGUUUUUGGAGCAAUGAUGAGUUUGCAACCUGUGAAGAAAAAAUUGAAAACGUUUUAAAAUUUCCACCAAAAGUAAGCGCAGCAUGUAAAAAGUGGGUCGCAAUGUUCGGAGAUGAAUUCAAAGAGCUAAUGAGCAGCGGAUCUGACUUUCCAGACAAAACCAUCACGACAAGAAUUUAG